CUUUCUAAUGUAGCGCCUCGCGCGCAGUCGAAAGAGGGAAUAACAUUAUCAGGCCUAUUAGAUGUGGAGGAUGGAAAGGCAAGAGCGUAUUCUUCAAGGACGUCGUUGUACAACUCACAGUGUGCCUCAUAACUAAGACAUUCACCAGAUGCCUUUGCAUUCAACAGCGUCAAGGUGGAGAGUUCGACGAGUUCGGUAACCGAACGAUAAACGACUCCAUUAGAUUUUCGACUGAUUGUGAGACAAGAUGUCGAAGAUAUUUGCAAUCGUUAUUGGGCUUGCAGCCCUAGGCCCACUAUCCCAAUCCUCAAUCCUGCCCCCACGGAUGCUUCAAGACCUGAAAAAACGUACGAACGCCUCGAUGGAACGAUACCACGAGCAAGAGUUAACGAUAAUGCAGUCGAACAUCAGGUUGAAUCGAGACUCUCCGGCUUGGUAUCUGGCCGCAUCGCACGAGAUGACACCAGCUGCUCACAAUCUGACGGUGAAGGCGCUGAGGAGAGAGACGAUGGCUGUGAUGCUCGUCGAGGCGCUGCACAUGCCACCUAAGGACGCCGAGACUCUGCUGCCGUCCGUCAGCACGAGUUUGGUGAGCAUCUGCUCAGGCGAUUACCUCCGAAUAAUCGGCGACUGCAAACGUUCGGAGUCUCGAUACCGCACUCACACCGGCCGCUGCAACAAUCCUCUGUAUCCGGCUCGAGGCGCAGCUCUUGAGGCUUACUCUCGACUUCUACCGGCAGACUACGCCGACGGCGUUUCCCUGCCUACGCCUGGAUUACCUAGUGCCAGAGCCGUUAGUACUGCCAUGCACUCGGGCGGUCCUGACCUCAGGCAUCCGCACCUGAUGGCCCUGACGGCAUUGUUUGGCGAGUUCGUCUCGCACGACCUGGCGCACACGCCUCGGAUGGCUCUGCCGAACGGCGAACGACUCAAGUGCUGCGACGUGCCCUACGAUCGAUUUCAUCCCGAGUGCUUUCCAAUCAGGGCCGAGGACGAAGCUGGCGGCUGCAUGGAGUACGCGAGAUCGGCUCCACACCCGGGAAAUGCUCAUCAGGGCUGCAAGCUAGGCGCAAGACAGCAAAUCAACCAAGCAACCUCCUACUUGGACCUAUCGCCCUUAUACGGUAGCUCCGAGGAGAUAGCUCACGUUUUAAGGUCCGGCAAAGGUGGUCUCUUAAAUACACAGCGCAAGAAUUUGCCGAUGCCGUCCCACGACUCACGCAACUGCAGACUGGAGAGUCGUGCGUUCCCCUGCUUCUUUAGCGGAGAUUCACGAGUAAAUGAACAUCCCGGAGUUGCCCUCAUGCAUGUGCUGUUCCUAAGAGAGCAUAAUCGCGUAGCUGAAAAUUUACAGCACAUUAACCCACACUGGGACGACGAGAGGUUGUAUCAAGAGGCUCGAAGGAUCAACAUUGCCGAGAUGCAACACGUGACUUACGGUGAAUUCUUGCCUGUCGUCCUCGGCGAAGCUGCACUGGAUGAUUACGACCUACGUCUGUCCCAACGCGGUUACUUCCAAGGCUACGAUUCUCGCGUAGACGCUACGAUGGACAACGCAGCUGCUUCAGCUGGUCUCUUUUUCAUAGCCGCUCUAACUCCGAAGACACUCGACCUAGUGGAUAUCCAGUCCGAGCAGAAAUCGGGCGAGAGAUCGUUAUUGUCCGCUUUCUACGCGCCACAGGAACUGUACGAAGCUGGUGCCAUCGAUAGGUUGAUUGCUGGUGCUACCGCCGGCCACUCGCGCAAGCCACUACCGCCGAGCUUGAACGAGGUACUGGUGGAGCGUUACUUCCACGACGGUAAAACUCGAGAAGCACCGGUCGAUUACGCCGCACAGAUGAUCCAACAGGGUCGCGAUCAUGGACUGCCCACAUACGUGCACUGGAGAGGUAUCUGUAAUCUCCCCGAGGUCGAGAGCUUCAAGGAUCUGCAGGAUACAAUUGCACCUGAAAUCAUCGAGCGAUUGCAGGGUGUUUACAGGAAAGUAGAAGAAAUCGAUCUUGUGACCGGUGCCCUUUCGGAAGCGCCUGUAGCUGGAUCUGUUAUGGGCCCUACAUUCAUUUGCCUGUUGGGAAGAACGUUUAGGAAUCUUCGAAUAGGUGAUAGAUACUGGUACGAAAAUGGUAAAUCGCCAGGCCCGUUUACGAUGGAGCAGCUCCAGGAAGUUCGUAAAACGACGAUGGCCCGAAUACUAUGCGACAACGGCGACAGGCUGAAGCGAGUUCAGCCUCGAGCUUUCCUUCUCAAAGAUAGGUUCCUAAACAAUAUGGAGAACUGCUCGCUGCACAAGCUUAACGACAUGAAUUUAUUGUUUUGGAAGGAGAAACCAAAGGACUCUCAAUAGUCCUAUAUAACCCGAGAACAUCUGUUGCUGCCAUCAAAUGCCUUCGUUACCUUUUCUUGCCUUAUAAAUGUAUACUUCGGUUCCUCUCGUGAGAGCUGCACAUCAUCGCGAUACUGAAGAUGUAAUUAGAGGUAGCCUGCGAUUUUUCACCCGCACUUCCCGUCUGAGUAGAGUGUAGCCUACUUUUACCACAAGGUACAGUAUGGCGUUUCUUCUAUCGCGAAUCAAUUGGGUCAGAGGUAGAAGUUUCCCGCUUAAUGAUUUGCUGUGGAAAUUAAAACUACUACGUGGUUUAUUUUUUCUUUUGUUUAAAAUAUACACAUUGUAGCAGAGAUAGAAAAAAAUUACGAUAACAAUCGGAGUGAAUUUUUGUUUAAUAACUAUAGCGUAAUGAUUAAUGUGAUGGUAUUGAAUUUGAUCAACUUUGAAAUCUCGGUGGAACGAGUUUUAAUCAAAUCGGAAAAUUCGUGUGGACAAUCAGUAUUUAUGAGAUUACCUACAUAGAUUUACGAUUUAUGUAACUUCUUAAUUUUUAAUAGCUUGUUCUAAGCAUUCGAUCACGAGUAAUUCUAAUGUAUUUAAUAGAAUAAUUUUAGACAAAUUAUAUAAAAAAUCGUUAAGGUAUGCUUUUGAAGAAUUAAGAAUAUUUUAUGUUAGGAAUGUUAAGAGUAGUAGGAUAUAUUUUGUAUAAAUAGCGAGCGAUUGUUGAAUUUUCUGUAAAUAAGGUGAAUAAAAUCUUUAAGAUAAAUAACAAUUCUGUAUUUGAAGUAACUCAAGCAGUAUUGUAAUACCUACUUUCACAUCCAUCGCUGUGAUAUUCUAAAUACUAUGAAUUCGUCAAAUAAGAAAAAAUGUCAAAGAGUGACAUCAAAGAAUUCUACCUUUUCGCAAUCGCAGGGACAAUGGACGCAUUGAAAUGAAGCAAUGGAACUCCAGUCAUCUUUAAUUGGUGUCUUUUUGCCAUGGCUCUUUAUAAUUACGCAACGUGUCAGAGGACAAAAAAGGCAGAUGGAUUUACGUUCGAUACGUACCGUGUGCAAGGAUGUGAUGAGUUUUUCUUGAAGGAAGUAUUAGGUUAAUGGGAGUGUUUUACUACAUCGCCAGAUCAAGUUUUGUAACAUAUGUAGUGGAAAAGAAGUUCUUGUUGUACACUGAUGAUUUGAUUUUACAAAUUGUGCUGUCUUUCAAAGCGGAAAUACGCUACACAGAUAAAUUGCAUACUUAUAAUUGUAACAUAUAAAGUAACAUAUAAAUCUUUUAUUGUAUAUCUUUCGUUUAUAAGGAAUACGGGCGUAUUAUACCACAAUUAUAAUCAUAAUAAAACCAGAUAAUUAUCCUUUUGAAUAGCGAUCAGCUUAAAAGCCAUGUAUUUAAUAUGCAUAAAGGUAGACACAUAGAUUUUCAAACGUCGUAAUGCAGUUAAGAUUGUCAAUGAUACGUACUUGAUCUUGGCCAAAUGCAUCUUCUUCAAAUCAAUCGCUUACUGCGGGCUCCUUGUUUUGUUUUUAUGGAAAAUUAUAUUGAAAACAAAAAACAAAAAGUAGUAACAAUAAUAUAAUAAUCAACCCCAAGUGGCAAAAUAAGAGAAGAUGUAUUACUGAGAGAAACUCGUUAUUUAUUAAAGUACUAAAAAAGCUCCAAGAAAAUAAAGUUUCGUAAGGUAUACAAAUUAUAAAUUAUAUCCAAAUUUUAAUUCUCGAUAAAAUUAUAAAGUCUUAUAUAAAAUAUGGGUAUCAAUAGUAAAGCAAUACAAAAAACGAGUCUUUUGCUUCGGCAAAUAUUGUUGACUUGUUGACUCACUUAGAAAAAUUUAAGAAAAUAAAAAAUAUGCAUACACUUUCAGUAGGCAUAAAGAAGGAAAUGCGUAUAAUAACACUGACAAAAAUUGCGAACGUCCACUAAGUAAAAAUAUACUUCAAUAAAAACUGACAGUGAAAUUAUCGAUCUCGCAAUUUAUCUCAGUAAACAUCGCAUGAGCGAUAUUAGAUGAGGGAUUGUGAUUGCAAAAAUUGAUUAUACACUUGGCCGAAGUAUCCAUGAAAGAAUCGAUCUAUUUAAUAGCAUUUUGUUUCAAGAAAAAGGAAAAAAGUUACUUAUAGUUAAUAACAAACACGUCUCGAAAUUACGAAGGAGAUUUUUUUCAUCACCAUAAUCACCCAUACGACAAAACACUUUUAUGCGCGCACACUUAAUCUCUCUCUCUCUCUCUCUCUCUCUCUCUCUCUCUCUUUUGCUCGGUCUCUCUCACGCUCUCUCUCUCCCUUUUUCGUCGUCCGGUAUUAUUUUCAGUCGUUUGUCACACUUCUGUAUACAAAUCUUGAUUUCCGUAUCGCGCACAUAAAGUCGUGUGUUUAUCGGUACUUUUGUCUAUUCCGUGUACAUAUAUAUAGUCUUCGUACAAUCGUUGAACUACAAAAAACUCGGAAACUUGCACUGCGCGCGUUUUAAAAGUCGGAAGCUAUUUGGGGGGGGGGGGGGCGCUCUUAUUUUCUUAUUUAUUUAUUUAUUUAUUUAGUUAUUUCAGCGAGAAAAUACAACUACGGCUAAGCGUCUUCUGAGCGAAUCGAGGGCCUUGGGGCAACAGUCGUCGAAGAAAUGACGAAACAUCGCCGUACACGGUGUACACUAUAUGCGCGAUAUGGUGUAUUAUAUAAUGGUGCCCCUCGGCGUCGUAUCGUCUCGUUUAAUUCAUUUUUUUUUCUUAUCGACCACCAUUGUUAUUUAUACAAAAUGCGAAAAAGGACCUUAAUCGGCGGCUUCUUUUACAAGAGAAAUAUAUUAUUGUAUACGUAGAAGUUAUUUCGCUAUGUAUGUCGUAAAAAUACCGACAAAAACGCGCAUCGUCAUACAAAUCCAAGAAGAUUCUAUAGGAUUUUUUUUCAUUUAUCGUGUAUGUAUGAUACCUUCUGUUAGACUAUUUUUUUUACGUUUGUCUGAAAAAAGUUUUCUUCUUUUUUUUUUCAUUAAUGAGAGAAAAAAGCUCGCUUAUUUAUAGAUAUUAUUUGUAUCGAGAUGAAAAUCACGUGUGUAUCGAGAAGGAAAAAUACAUAAUACGGCGCACACUGAAGACCAAUUACGAUGCAAAAAGUGUGUCUCAUAAAGCCAAUGAUCCUGUUACACAAAAUCCAUAUCGGAACGUCAUGUCGUGAUAUAAUUUGGCAUUUUAAUAGGAUCCAAGUGUAUUCAACAAUAAAGUGUGGCUUUUCCUUCUAUUACAACGAACUCUUUCCUUUUCUCUUGCUUUCUCUCUCCUUUUCUUUCCUUAUUGUAUACUCUUCGAACAAAGGUUAUACGUUGUAAGAGGGAAUCGAGCAAAUCGCAAUUGAACCUCCGAUUUUUCGCGCUACACGCUCAACAACGAUUCGCACUUAUGAUACAAAAAAAGGUAGAGGUAUAGGGUCUCUGUUCAUAGGAGGUAAAAAGAUAGACUAUAAUCAUACGGGGAAUGGGACGUGUGUGUGUGUGUAUAUUAUAUAGAGUUAAAGUACCAGGGCAUGUUGGACAUUGUUUAUCCUAACUUUUUUGGUAUGCCAUUCUUUCCGCUAAGGAUUAUCAUACAAAAUAAUUAGAAAAAUGUACAAAAAUUCAUAAAAAUAGUAAUAGUUACAUAGUACAAAUUACCUUUUGUUACAUGUAAUUACGUAAUUAUAACAAUGUUACUUUUUUAUUCUUGCAUGUUGUGACACUGAUCUUCCUUUUAUUCGCUCGUUUCGAUCUACUUAGGUUUCGUGUAUAUCCCGGUGUGCAGUGUUUUAUGUGUAGAGGUGUGUACAUACGAUUUCGAACGAAUCGUCUAAUGCUUCGUAUUUCGUAAGAAUCUAGAUGAAAUUCUGCUGAAGUGAAAUCUUUAUAAGAAGUAUAAGAAGUUUACAAUGCAUUAGACGCAAGUUCGCUUUGAGCUUUUUUUCUUCACUGCGAGCUAAUUAUUAACAAUGGUUUAUAUAAGAACGUGGAUAUUGAUUACUGUCCAGCUGCAUUUUACAAGCAGCGCUUAUAUUUUUACUAUAAAUUGCUCGGCUGUAUCGGUAACGCUAUAGAACGAGUGCGACGGGAAAGAUCUUCGGAAUAGAAAAAUACGCUGUAAAAUCUCUGCACUUUGUUUCAAUGAACGAGAGAAAAUCGCGGCUAUCGAGUACAUUCCCGUCAAACCCUUUCCGAAGUCGCAUCAGCUGCUAAGCAACAUUGUUUUAAUUUUCUAAAACUGCCGAAAAGCUUGUUGUGUUAAAUUUUUUACAUUCACAUGUACAUAGAUAUACAUUACAGGUAUGUGUACACAGAACAGUAUAGGGGUCAUUUUGGCGCACAAAAGCUAUGCACGGUUUUACGUGUGUGUGUGCCUUUUUAAAAUUCGUUAUUGCCGAUAGACACAUCACCUUACUUCCCUUAAGGGGCGCUCGAAAAUCCUGUUUUACCGUCCGAGUAGGCUUCCGACAGCGUUAUUCAUUGUUUAAAUUAUUGAUCUAUCUCUCAAAUUCACAAGUCUUGUGUUAGAGUUGGUUCGAAUUUCAAACUUAAAGUAAGAAUCAAGCUCAGCCGGUAAAACAGUGAAUGUAGGGGUUCUCAUACGCAAAUUAUAAAGGAAAUGAUGUGCCUUUAUUUUUUGUGAAUGGUCUCAGUAUCAGCAAGAUUCAUAAAAAAGAGGCUCAAACUGUCUAGUUGAUUUUUUCCCCCUACAAGUAUCAUCCUUUAUUCGUUCACAUUUUUGUCUUCUCAACUAGUAUUUUGUAUGAUUUGAAUUAUUUGAAAACUUUUCGAAACCGCAUAAACAGAGCACAUUUCAUGCUUAUACGUAAAAUAGAAAAUACAUCACUACUGCAUUAGGGGCGGAAAGGGGGGGGGGUCAAAAAGAGCGCCUGCAUACACAACUUUCAGCUAUUGAUAAUGGAUUUUUUUUCCCGUGUUUCUCUCAUUUCAACCUUCUUCGCGCUACCUCUUUUAGUACAUAAUAUAAUAUGUAUACUACAGUUAAAAAGUUCGAUUUUCAAUGUAUGUCAGUUGUUAACAUUAUUCACUGAACCGUUUAAAGUAGCUGUCCUGAAAUUAAGAGAAACGGAGGUGUUCAAACGAGAACCUUACGGUAUCUUCACAGUCUUCGAAGUCUGCGAUUCCUCUCGAUCUUAUCUUAUAAAAAGGUGAAGGAAAUAAUCGCCGGAGAAAACCUUACUCAUAAAUCGAGUAGAUUUUGCAAUUGCAGUCGAAAAAGUCGUUCGUUCGAAUGUGGAUUUGUUGAACUUUGUUCAUCUUCUGUCAUUAGUAUUCGAAAAUAGUUUCUGAUUUUCUAAAUUGACUAAAUUGUUUAGCUUUCUUUUUUAAGGUAUCACUGACUACUUUAAGAAUACAAAAUUUGAUAUUGCGUUGUCUUUUAGUUAUAAAAAUUUGUCCUAAAUUUGACUUCAAAUUUAAGUUUGUGAAUACGAUUAGAACGUUGUAUAAAAACUUAGCUUUUAAACAUAUAGCAUACAGGAGAUUAAAGCACAUCUUUAUGGAUAUCGAGUUACACGAAUAAAAACAUGAAAUGGAAAAUAGUAGAAAAUUUUCACGCCUACAUACUCAAUUUAUCACAAGAAAAGUAUAGUAAGUAUUAUUUAUGUGGCAUUAUAAUCUUAGCUCACUAAUAAUAAUAAAUAGAUGAAUAACAAAAAAGCAGUCAUACAUAAAUUAGCCUACUAUAAUAACAGGUAAGUUAUAUAUUUAUCAAAGUAUUACAUCUCUAUAAGGAAAUCUGUAGAUUACAACAAAAUAAGCAAUACAAAAAUCUCUGCCUACAUAUGUUAUACAUUUAUCAUUAUUACAAAAACUUUUUGCUGUAAUAAAAUUUAACAUCUUUUAAUGCAGCCUCUAUAUUGCUAUUAAUAAUAUAUAAGUAUAUAAAAAAACUUUUUACCAUAUUUUUGAAAAAAUCUCAUACACGCGCUUUAUAAAUUUAUAUAGAUUUAAAUAUAUUAUGUAGAUUACAUAAUUUUUCAUAGCAUAUUAUAAAAUCGUGAAUGAUAAAAAAACACCUGUCAUUGAAAAGAUCGUGUGUGUGGCUCUUUUUCUCAUCUGCGUAUAAUAACUUUAUAUAUACAAAUAUAUAAUUAUACAUUACAUAUCUUUUCGCGAUCAUGUACGAUUUAUGUAUAACGUAGAUGUGACAACGUAUGUAAGAAUAUAUCUUUACAUAUAUGCAUCGAAUAUAAAUAAAUCGCACACAACACUUUGAAUAUAUCGUGCAGAAUAUAUAGGCUAAAUAUUUUUACUGUGUAUGAAAAACUUUUCUUUGUUAAAAAUAGUACAAUUUCACUAUAUAAUAUAAGCCAACCUUCGAACGAACUCUUUUGCUGCAUCGACGAGACUGUGAAUUAAUACUAAUACCGCAGUGAGUCAUUUUUUGCUUCAAAUAAAUCAAUCACCUCCCUCUGCCAAAUGACAAGUGUAUAUAAUCAUAUAAGAGUAUGCUAUUCGACUGCAAUCGAUUGUAUAAUGCCACGUGUCGCGGCCACCGCACUUCUAGCCUUUUUCCACAACACCAUGUUCUAUCUACUUAUUCAUUUCGGUAACUGGAUGCUAAUUUUAACAACAAUCAUGUAACCGUAAAGCGUUACAUACAUCACUAUUUAUUUAUCUAUUUAUUUAUUUUAUAUGUACUCAUAUAUUCUAAAUAUUUCAACCAUUUACACGACUAUAAGAUAUAUAUUUGCUAUUUAUAUUGUAUCAUUAAAUAUUUGUUUUUAUUUGUUAUUAAUUCAUUCUCCUAUAUAAAAAAGAAGAAUAGAUGGUGCUCGUUCGUCUUUCCAAAUUUAUUAAAUGUAUUAUGCCAUCAUACACGUCGGAUGGAAAACGUACCUUGAAACCUUGAAACAAGCGUUUUAUCAUCUCUUGUUCACUUAUUCUCAACUGUUACAAUUAAUAACAAUAUAUGUAUAUCAUGCGAGCAAAAAUAAAUUCUAUUCAUCAUAUAUAUUUAUAAUUAUUUUUAAUUAAUCAAGCUACGAAUCGUGUUGUAGUAUAACACAGGGACCAUAUCGUCCUCGUCGAGAGUAAAAAGAAUCGAUCGACGUUUGACUGAUAUUGUAAGUACCUCUGGUAUAUGUAUACACGCACUUCUUUUAUCUGGAUCGUGGAAAAAAGUCGUGACCGUGCGGUGGACUUCGCUUUUUUAUUUUCCCAUUAUAUAUCUAAGCAUGGAUUUUUCAUCUCCGCUUGAUUGCAAUUGGUAUGGAGGCGCGCAUUUCGUCUCAUUCGUUGUUAACUGCUCUCGAAUUGGGUUUCCGACGCGUCGCCGCGAUAUAAAAAAUGUAAGAAAAUACAAAAACGUAUAUAUUUAUAUAUAAUAUAAUCAUUGAUGUACGCAGUACAAAAGAAGUGGCGUCUAUCGACUUCUAGUUCUAAGUUUAGCUGCAUAAGUAUCACAGUUAACGAGAUUAUAAUACGGUGAAAAUAACUGAACUGCAUUAUAAUAUAUUUGUAUGGAUAAAAGAAGAUUUUUAUCGAACCUCGUUGGAAACCCAAUUCCACGUUUUGCGUUCGAGAGUGAAGGUCGAAUUUUUUUCCGGUUAAAAGAGAAUCUAAAAUGCAAAGGGUGUUUUUUUUACAAAGAUACAUAUACUAAGUGUAAAAAUAAGAGACUAAUUAUAUCGAACACAACGGAAAGAACGAACGACAUCUAAUGUUUUUCUCGCGGCAUAUGCAUAUAAUAUAAUUUAUCUAUAUGAAAAAACGUGAAAAAUUACGCAGCGCUUUGUUUUUUUACUCAUUUUUUUCUUAUUAUUGCAUCGUCAUACUUUGACGACAAAAAGUUCCAUUCAUAUGUAUAUGUAUAAUAUACAUGCAAAAAGUUUCUCGCUAACGAUAAGUCGUACAAAAAUUCAAGAAUUCAAAAAAUCCUUACUAACAAUCGACAAUUCUAAAAAAGGACUAUUAUUUUUAUAGCUUUAUUAUUUAUACUCGUUUUUUUUCAUAUAAAAUCCGCUCGAUAAUGGUUUUCUUUGUCCCAUCGUCCUUUCAGAGUUUUUCUCGGUCUCUUAUUUAAUCAUCCAUGAUGUAUAUCAAUACGGUUUUGCUUAUUUUUAUUAUCAUACUUGAAUUCAUUAAUUUGUGUGUUUAUUUUCCUAUUAGAUUUCAUGCUGUAGAGUAGAUACGUAUAUAGAAGCUUCGAAAAGACGCUUUGCGUUAUUAUCAAUGCGUUUUUUUCAAGUAAAAUUCACAUGUUGUCAUUCACAUAAGCGGAGCAAAGUAUUAAGGUAUUCAAGUUUUACACCGAUUAAAACGUUACAGUAGUCCUACACAUUUUUUUUUCUACAGUUCAAAAAACAUUUCAGCAUUCUUUGUUCGUUUGUCUGCUUACUUCGAUUAUCUUCUGUUUAUAUGAAUAUUGUUAAAGAUUAAAAAAUACGUUCUACAUUUAAAAAGUCGUGUACGGUAAAAUUUCCUCCGUUCACGGGGGCGAUUUUGAGUUAAAAAAUAUAGAGGGGUGAUACUUAGGUUGCAACUCUUUUUCUGUCUUUGCUCUUCUGUUAUCGUUAAUCGUAUGUUUUGUCUCUUUAUAUUAUGUGCUCAGGGUGUUCUCUCAUUUCGUACACUCCAUGUCUCUUCUUCAUUCGGCGAUUUCUCUCUCUCUCUCUCUCUCUCUCUCUCUCUCUCUCUCUCUCUUUCUCUCUUUAACAACGAAUUCUUCUAAUGUAUAAGGAGUUUGUAUCAAAUGUAGGUCGCGUCAACGCGUUAACAAUCGAAAGAAGAAGCUCUCAUUGUUUUUUUUUCAAAAUUCUAAUUUUCUUUUAGCUUGUUUGCAACAUAUAGCAAGGUAUGAUUUUAAACGACGUAAAAAAUUUAUAUAUUUUACAAUGUUUAUUAUUCUGACGAUUACUAUUCAGUACAAAAGAGUAUACACAUUCAAAUGCAAGCACUUAAUUGUCACGAGGACGUGGCCAAACAUUUAGUUAGAUAAUUACUUUACAAAUAUUACAAUCCAUUAAAACGACUGGCAUUAAGAUUUGCUAUGAAAAAUUUGCCCUCGAUAAAACGUCUCUUCAAUAAACUAUUCACGAAUUUACUUUUGAAACAGAAAGCAUUAAAAAAUCUAAGACAAUAUUACACACCGUACGAGCUAUGACAGUCGGUUAGUUUAUUCAUACAAAAUUAUUGCAUCGUUAUUUUAUAAAUGUACAAUCAUCGAAAAUACGUAGAAAAUCAUACUUUGCUACAUGCCGUUCCGCUACUUAAAUCUCUCAUGCGAACACUUUAUUUCCACUGACUCGCGAUCUACAUAUCAAUAAUACUGCGUCGUACGCUUACUUGAUAUUCGUCUCUAGUUAGGUAAUUAGGUACUAUAUCUCAGCUAAAAAUGCUACCAAUAGAUUUUUUUUUCUUCUGCACCCAUGCGUUUAUAUUCAAAAAGGAUCGAUCAAUUUACAGAUAAAACGAUUAUCAAAUUUGUUCGAGAGGUGUACAUGCGCGCGCGAAACAACGGACGGGUUGAUAAAAAACGCCGCUAAUAUAUAUAACGACCGGAAAAGUCGAUCUGCUAAUUAGUUAUUAUUAUUUUUUUUUUCGGAGAAACCUACUUCAGCGCGUUUUAAAGCUGCGAAACGGAAAACUACACAGGAGGAUUAUUAACUAGCGAAGACGAUUGGAUAUCGGUUGACACUUAAUUUAUCGCUCAAGCGAGUUGUAAUUAUUAAUUCUGAGAUAUUCGAACGUUUGGAAAGAGAUUUAAAGAGUAACGAGCUCGUCGAAAAUCAGCUAUUUUAGAGAGUAUUAAGUAUUAGAAUUAUUUUGCUUUCACGCUUAUUGCGUUAUUGAUAAGUUUGAAAAUUUGUAUAGUUUCUUACGCUCGGAUAAGAAAAAUAAUUGCAUUGCCUUACGUAAGUUAUUGAUAUUGAUAUAUGUAUAUGUAUAUUAAUUGAUUGAAUAUAUUAAAAAAUCUAUUAUCCACCCCCUUUAUGUUUCUUAUCGUUAGAUUAUUGAUCAUUAAGAAAACUGAGCUUCCGAGCGCAUUGAAACAGUUUGAAAUCCUAAAAUGAAAUCCUGAAGAAAGGGCUAUCGAACGUGAGCAAAGCACUUUUCCGCGCAAAAAGACUGUUUUCUGUAAAGAUUCGCGUUCCGAUACGAUCAUCCAUCGAAUGAUUUUUUAAUCGCGUCCCGUGUCAUACAGCGCAUAUAUAGUUUAUCGAACACAUAAUAUAGAAAAAACCCGCACGAAUUAUCAUUGUUAUACAAGUAUAAGAUAAUCUCGAACCCGCCGAAUCAUGCCCUACGUAUAAGCCAUAUUUUCCUUAUCACUUACACACUCAUAAUAUUCUUCUUUUUUUUUUUAGAAAAAGGUAAAAAAAUUUUCCACGGCGUUUUUGUUUUUACACUCGUACAUAUGUUUGCUAAUCUUUUGUUUUUGUUUUUUAGUCGCUCUGCUCCCUCUCAACAUGCACGUUUGAGUUUGCGAUUCUACGUCCCUCAUACUUUUUUCGCUCUCGAAACAAAUGAAUUAAUCUUUCGGGCUUAACGGCCUCAACUAGCAUUAUCGCAUUUAUAAUAUUUUUAUGGUUAGUUUUUUUUUGUUCAAGGUGCACGCGAGAAACACUUAAAUGUAUAAUUACGAAUAACAGGUAUCUUUGUUUUACAUUUUCGCUCUACAUCGCGAACAUGUCCUUGUAUAAAGUCGACAAAGACUUGCCUUAAAGAUCUGUGUCAAUUUGUUAAAGCUGUUCCCUCGUUACUUUGUAAUUACUUCAUUAUAACGGACCCGUGAUUGUUCGCGAAUUUGAAAUUUCACGCGAUUCAGCUUCGCGUCGUAGUCUCUGAGCUGUUUAUACCUAAAUAUCAAUUUUCGUGAUCUUUUUCAAACUUUAUAAUCGUCAAAAUACACGGUUAGCUAUUCUCCUAUAAGCGUAUGCAGAAAAACACGUGACGUUUAUAACAUUAACUGUGAAUCACUUAAUUUUUACUUUUAUUUUUAGAAAAAACGAACAGUAAAAAAGUGUAGGAGUAAAUUGGCUACUGGCGAUGCACGUCGAACGUUUAUAGUAACAUACCCUAAUAUAUAAUUUAUUAUAUAUUAUGAACUUAAUACAAAUAUACUGCAGUCACUAUAUAAUAAUAUUUAAAAAAAAAGGUCUUGAAUUCUCGCUUCUCUUUUUGUUUCAACCGUUACUUUUCUUUCGAUUGUUCUCUCACGAAUUUAGCUUCGUAAUUAUUUUGAACUUGUAACGUAUUGUUAAAAGUUAUUUCCUUGCAAAAAAGGUUAGCAUUGAAAUAUACUUUGACUGCGUUACAAGAAGAAUGAUGUGAUCUUCGCUUACAAUCUAGAGAUACUUUUGUAUUCGCAUGACAUUUUUGGCGGAAAUGUAUGUUUCUCACGAAUGCCGCGCAAAAUAAAAUAUAAUGGUAAUGAUGGCAUGAACAAAUAAGACAUGAGGAUUAUGUGAUAAAUGAAAAAAGUACGCCACCCUAUGUGUAUGUUUUUUUCAAAAAUGUUUGUUUUUAUUUAAUAGAAAAAAAUAAAAAAUUUCGUCAUACUUCUUUUUCACUUAAGUAGAUUAUAAUAAAAAUUAUUCUAGCCGUUAAAAAAAGUCGAUUCCAAAAAAUGUUUUCCUUUUCUCUAAAUACUAAGGACAAAAAAAAUAUAUAUAUAAAGGAGAACACAUGUGUUGCUCUCUUCUCUCGGUUGCAAUACAAAAAAAAAACAGAAGAAAAAAAUAAACAUGAUUUUUUGUGAAGUAUUAAGAAAAAACAGACGAUUCGGGACACGACACUGGAAAACACUCGCUCGCUUACAAACAUAGUACGACAAACUCACACAGCGAUUUUUUUCUUGAUUUUCGUAAUAAUAAAUCGUGCAGAUCUUAUUCGUCGAUAUUAUUAUCAAUACGCACACUCAUUAAUUUUUCACAUUUUUUUGCUUUCCUUUCUGCGUUUUUCUUUGCAAAGAAAUUUCCAUGCCAAUCCUUCGUAUCUAUCAUAUAUUUUUCCUAUGAGGAGACGUACAGGUUCGAGGCCGCAAGUACAACACAUCAUGCAUCGACGAGGGGCUGGCCUGUAUCUAUUAUACUGCAUUUGAUUGCAAUACGAAGACACGCAGCUGUUCUGACGAACUGCCUCUCUUCUUAUCGCAAAAUUGUCGCUAACAAUUCAAAACGAACGACUAUAGAUCGGCGCACCAUUUCGAUCUUGCGCAUCGAAGGAGUUUUCUUUUUCGCUUCAUUUCAUGUUUGACUAGUUUCACUCCUCGGUGUCUCUUUCGCAAUUGUUAUCCUCCCUCGUCACGCUCUCGAGCCUUUUAUACGAUCAUUCCCCGCUCGUUUCCGUCUCGAAAUUAAUUUUUUUCCACCUAUUAAUAUAUAAAAAGGAUCAUAAAUUUGCCGAAGAAAAGCUAUAUUAAUAUAGAAAAAUUCACGCUAUAUAAAAAAGGUCACAUAUAGACAAUAAAAAAUAGGAAAAAAAAACAAUCAAAUUCCAAUAAAAAAGAUUUUUAAGCUAGUAUUAAAAAGAAGCUUUCCGACUCCGCAUACAUUAUGCAGGUGGGGACGCUCACUUUGUAAAUCGUAACAAAUUUCCAAUAUUUUUUCCAUUUUUCAUCUACUUAUAUACGCAAAUACAUAAUAGUAAUUAAUAUAUAAAAUCGACGCCGUUGCACGAACUCGCGUCGCUGAUCGUCUCGGGCUCGCUCGACUCGGCGCUUUUUGCUUGCAACUACGAUAAAGGCGCGUUCGCUGUCACUGUGGAUCUUCCGCCACUUCUCAAUUGUUCCUAUAUAAAUAGUACAUACAUAUAUAUUUAUCUGCAUAAUCACAUGGU